UUUCUUUAUUUCAGCCGGCCGCGUAAGUGUUGAACUUGCAGCUGAUGAUGAUGAUGAUGUCAGUUGGCUUGAUUACGUAAACCUUCCACCCUGGGGCCAGUCCCUCCCCCCCACUCAACCUCGACCUAAAGUUUACCCCAGGGAACAGCUCGUUGUUGACCAUCACCAUCUGACCACCAAGCCCAACAACCUGUUUUACCCGCCAGCUCCAACCACACCGAAGGUCUUAAUUAAAAAGCUCAAAUUAAAUUAUAGAACCUCUUCGCAGUAGCCUUGGAGAAACAAAAUACAACAAAAAUACUUAUUUAGUCAUUGUGAGAGCGGAAGUUAUCUCUUGUCAGUUUACCAUUUACAUAAAAGCCCAACACCCUAAUUAGCAAACUACCAGGAUGUCUGCCGACAAAUUCCCAAUCCCCUUCGUCGAGAAAUUUCACAAGGUCGCCUUAGACCCUUCGCAGCCCAAAUUAUCAGCCGAUCAAAAAUCCAAACUACUCGAAAAUAUCUCAAUCCUCCGGGAUGCGAUCGUCUUCUUCACCGCAACCGGUGCUGCGCGUGGCGUGAGUGGCCAUACCGGAGGUCCAUUUGAUACCGUCCCGGAGGUCUGUUUACUCUUGGCUCUCUUUGCCAGUGACCCAGACGGCAAAAAGUUCGACCACACCUUUUGGGAUGAGGCCGGACAUCGUGUGGCGACUCAAUACCUCGUCGCUGCUCUCGAGGGACAUCUACCAGCCGAGCAGUUGAUGAUGUACCGGGAAGCCCAAUCGAAACUACCCGGCCAUCCCGAGUUAGGCCUCACCCCUGGUGUUAAGUUCAGCAGUGGUCGUUUAGGUCACAUGUGGCCUCUUGUUAAUGGUGUUGCGAUGGCCAACCGUGGCAAGACCAUCUUCUGUUUGGGCUCCGAUGGCUCUCAGCAAGAGGGUAACGAUGCCGAAGCUGCCCGACUGGCUGUGGCCCAGAACUUGAACGUCAAGCUGUUGAUCGACGACAACGAUGUGACGAUUGCCGGCCAUCCAAGUGACUACAUGAAGGGCUACGAAGUCAGCAAGACGCUCGAGGGACAUGGCUUGAAGGUUUUCCAUGCCGAAGGUGAAAAUAUCGACUCACUUUGGAGCGGACUUUGCUCGGUGAUUUCCCAUCAAGGCCCGGCAGCCUUGAUCGCCAAACGGCUCAUGUGUCCUGGUAUCCAAGGACUUGAAGGCAGCAAUCAUGGUCAUGAUGUAAUCCCCGUUCCAAAAGCUAUUGCAUACCUCAAGGAUCGACCCUAUGGAGAGGCGGCCGCCAAGAUCCUCAACUCUCUUACCCCGUCCUCUUCACCCUAUCUUUACAUCGGCUGUACCAAAGAAAAAGACGCUUGCCGUGUACAGUUUGGCAAAGCAGUCAACAUGGUCUUGGACAAGCUCUCCAAGGAGGAAGCAAAGGAGAAGGUUAUGGUAAUCGACUCUGAUCUCGAAGGCUCCACUGGACUGAAGGCUAUCCGUGAAUCUCAUCCUGAGGUCUUUAUUCCCUCUGGAAUCAUGGAACGUGGUAACUUCUCCGCCGCAGCUGGGUUUGGAUUUGAGAAGGGAAAAGUCGGAGUCUUCAGUACCUUUUCAGCCUUCCUGGAAAUGUGUUGCUCUGAAAUCACUAUGGCCAGACUCAAUAGGUGUAACGUUUUGUGCCACUUUUCCCACAGUGGAGUUGAUGAAAUGUGUGACAACACCUGCCACUUUGGUUUAAACACUUUCUUUGCCGACAACGGUCUGGAAGAUGGAUACCCAACUCGUCUUUAUUUCCCGGCGGACGUCCACCAAAUGACUGCUAUCGUCAACGAAGUCUUUUGGGAUAUGGGACUACGAUUUGUCUUCUCGACAAGAUCCAAGGUUCCGAAUAUUUUGAAAGAGGGUAGCCAAGAGCACUACUUUGGUGGCGAUUACAAAUUCAAGCCUGGAAAGGACGAAUUCAUUCGCCGAGGUAAAAUUGGAACGGUGAUCUGUUUCGGAGAAAUUGUCCACCGUGCAUUGGAUGCAGUUGACCGACUCCGAGAGGAAGGAUUCGAUGUCGGAUUGGUGAACAAGUCGACCCUGAAUGUGAUCGACGAGGAAGCGAUAGCCGAGUAUGGCAAGCAAAAGUUCGUCUUGGUUGUCGAAAGUUUGAACCAAAAGACCGGCUUGGGAAGCAAGAUGGGCACCUGGCUCUUGGAGCGUGGAUUGACGCCCAGAUACGGCUAUAUGGGCACUAAUAAGGAAGGCUGUGGUGGCUUGAGCGCUCAGAUCUUCCAUCAAGGCUUAGAUCCUGCUAGUAUUAUUCGUAAAGUGAAGGUCUUGGCAGCUUAGUUUAAACAUCAUCUCUUCUCCCUUGAUCUAAUUUGCAUAAACAUCUUCUACAUAUUUACAUAAAUACAUUGAUGAACUUGUUCGGAUGAAUGUUCAAUUAAACAUCUCUGUUUUUUGAUCAAUACCGGUUUCACAUACAAAAAUACAUGUGCUAUGGUCGUAACAUGCCUGUCAUCAUUGGGGCUGGGCUUGAGUGGAUUUUUUUGGGUCAAUCAAUUAAUCAAUUGCUAUUGCUCCGUUGUUACUUGCGUUGAUGCUUGAAAAAACUGGCCAUGAUGUAUUGAUAACUAGAGCUGUUGGUUUUGCAUGUAUGCACAGUUAGCUACAGACUGGUGGGGCCUUUAUCUUGUGGUUUUGGGAGGCAUUUGGAGUCCUUGAGCUUGAUCUCUCAAUCUCAUUUCUUUUGGCUGAUCAAUUUCCAAUGGGAGUAAUUAAGUAAGAAUAUUCCUCAAGGCAUGAAUUAGGGUUCUCAAAGUUGAAAUGGGGCCAACAUACGGCUUGUACAUACUCCUGUACAUACACAACUACAUAGCUCUUUUUCUCUUUUUUUCUGUGCGCCAAUCCAUACCUGCACAACAAACCCCA